AUGGACCCGGCGCCCUCGCUGGGCUGCAGCCUCAAGGAUGUGAAGUGGAGCUCGGUGGCCGUUCCGCUCGACCUGCUGGUCAGCACUUACCGACUGCCCCAGAUCGCGCGGCUGGACAGCGGAGAAUGCAUAGAAGGGCUGCGGGAAAAUGACUACCUUCUGAUUCACUCGUGCCGUCAGUGGACCACCAUCACUGCCCAUAGCUUGGAGGAGGGGCACUAUGUCAUUGGGCCAAAGAUAGAGAUUCCGGUACAUUAUGCAGGGCAAUUCAAGCUGUUGGAACAAGAUCGAGAUAUAAAGGAGCCAGUGCAAUAUUUCAACAGCGUGGAGGAGGUGGCCAAAGCAUUUCCUGAACGCGUGUACGUCAUGGAGGAAAUAACAUUCAACGUGAAGGUUGCUUCGGGUGAAUGCCAUGAAGACACCGAAGUUUACAACAUCACCCUGUGUACAGGGGAUGAACUCACUCUAAUGGGCCAGGCAGAAAUCCUUUAUGCAAAGACUUUCAAGGAGAAGUCACGACUCAACACCAUCUUCAAAAAGAUUGGGAAACUCAAUUCCAUCAGCAAGCUGGGAAAAGGCAAAAUGCCCUGCCUCAUUUGCAUGAAUCACCGGACCAACGAGAGCAUCAGCCUCCCGUUCCAGUGCAAGGGCAGGUUUAGCACCCGAAGCCCCCUGGAGCUUCAAAUGCAGGAGGGCGAGCACACCAUCCGCAACAUCGUGGAGAAAACCAGGCUCCCUGUGAACGUGACUGUGCCCAGCCCACCACCCAGAAACCCGUACGACCUCCACUUCAUCCGCGAGGGGCACCGCUACAAGUUUGUGAACAUCCAGACCAAGACAGUGGUGGUCUGUUGUGUGCUGCGGAACAACAAGAUCCUCCCCAUGCACUUCCCUUUGCACUUGACCGUGCCCAAGUUUAGCCUCCCGGAACACCUGGUCAAGGGAGAGGGAUGGCCCGAAACCCUAGUCCAUCACUGGCUGGGUAUCUGCCAAGAACAGUUCGACAUCGAUGAGUAUUCACGGGCAGUCCGCGACGUGAAAACCGACUGGAACGAGGACUGUAAGAGCCCCAAGAAGGGCCGGUGCGCCGGCCACAACCACAUGCCCAAUUCCCUUAGCUAUGCUCGCGAUGAGCUCACCCAGUCCUUCCACCGGCUCUCGGUCUGUGUGUAUGGCAACAAUCUCCAUGGCAACAGCGAGGUGAACCUCCACGGCUGCAGGGACCUGGGGGGAGAGUGGGCCCCCUUUCCUCACGACAUCCUACCGUAUCAGGACUCGGGGGACAGCGGGAGCGACUACCUUUUCCCAGAAGCUGGUGAAGAAUCUGCCAGCAUGGCAGGGAAGUCUGAACUUCCUUAUGAAGAGCUGUGGCUGGAGGAAGGCAAGCCCAGCCAUCAGCCUCUCACUCGCUCCCUGAGCGAGAAGAGCAGAUGCGACCAGUUUCGAGGUUCUGUCCGGUCCAAGUGUGCAACCUCUCCCCUUCCUGUGCCCGGAGCGCUGGGUGCAGCAGUGAAAUCUGCAGAGAUCGCCCUACCUCCGCCUCCAGUGCCUCCCAAAUCCGAAGCUGUCCGGGAAGAGUGCCGGCUCCUGAACGCGCCGCCGGUCCCGCCCCGCAGCGCAAAGCCUCAGUCCACCAGCCCCUCGGUCCCUCCUCGCACAGCCAAGCCGGCGCGGCCGCAGACUCGCUCGCCCAGCCCCACCUUGUCCUACUAUUCUUCAGGGCUGCACGACAUCAGCGUCACUAAAAGUGAGACGAGUCCCUCCGAGAGCGCUCCCGUGUCCUGCUACCCGUGUAACCGAGUGAAGGCAGAUUCCGUGGACCCCAAGUCCCCGUGCGGCAGCCCCACUUCUGAAGCUCUGUCCUCCAGGCUCUCGUGGCCAAACCAUUACUCCGGAGCGUCGGAGACCCACACCAGGAGCGACUUCCUGCUGGAUCCGAGCCGCAGCUACAGUUACCCCCGACAGAAGACACCGGGCACACCCAAGAGAAACUGCCCGGCCACCUUCGAGCUGGACGGCCGCGAGCUGGCCGCCAGCCCGCCCGGGCCGGGCCCCGCGGAGCCCGCGGGCUGUCCCAAGUCGGCCAGCUACUGCCUGGAGCGCUCGGGCGACAGGAGCCUGGCGGGCGGGCCGGCCAAGCAGAGCAGCUCCUGCCCCGCCUUGCCCCCCCGGGCCCCGAGGCCACUGGAAGAGAAAGCGGCCCCGGACACCCCGCCUCUGCCCCUUCAAAUCGACGGUGCUGAGGAAGCCCCCAAGUCCGGGUCUCCGGACCUGUCCGAGGACGCGUACUUCGUCCAGAAGGGCGCGCCGGACCUCCUCUCCGCGCCCUACCCCUUCUCGUCGCCAAUCCACCUGCAGCUGGCCCCCCGCUCCUGCGGCGACGGGUCCCCGUGGCAGCCGCCCGCCGACCUGUCGGGACUCUCGGUCGAAGAGGUGUCCAAGUCCCUGCGGUUCAUCGGGCUGUCGGAGGACGUCAUCGUGUUCUUCGUGACCGAGAAGAUCGACGGCAAUCUGCUCGUUCAGCUCACGGAAGAAAUCCUCUCGGAGGAUUUCAAACUGAGCAAACUGCAGGUGAAGAAAAUCCUGCAAUUCAUUAACGGCUGGAGACCCAAAAUAUAGCCAAAUAAGCCCAG